AUGAAAUCAACUUUCGUGGAAAUACUGUUGGUCAUAUUCUGUGUGGGCGGGAUCAUCGCACAAGGUGAACAGAAUUGUAAAGAAGUUUAUGCAACGAAAGAGGUACAGAAGUUUGGUGUAUUAGCCAGUGGCACCGGUUGUCAGUACCGCGUCAAAUCGGAUUCCGGUCAAACGGUGAAGGUGUACGUUAAUGCCACGAGUGGAAGCAAAUGUGUUGGGGUGUCCAGUGAUGGAAAAUCGGAAACACUAUGCCCAUCAGGUGCAACGCAACAGUUCAUAUCUAAUUCAGCGAUUGACGUGAGUGCGGAUUCUGACACGACUAGUUCAGAUUCGACAACGGCGGGAACGACUCCGAAACCAACGGCAGCACCUGCAACAACACCGAAAACAGACGAUGGAGCAAGUGGUAAAGAUAAUUCAUCGAAGAAUUCAGAUGCACAAAACGCGGGUGUCCAAAAGCCGGCUGUAGGUACACAUACUGAAGGAUCACAGAAGGCUAUACCGAACGAAGGUGGUGCAAAUACCGGUGCUGAGGAAGAAGACAAAAAGUUGAGUAAACAAGGGAACGUAGAAGGCACAGGGAAAGCAAUACCAGCGGUAGAACUGGCUAACAAUGCGGCUCAACUCCUUAGACUUGCCAGAGAUACCUCCAAAGCCAAUGGAUCUAACGAUGUCACCGUGUAUUACGUAUUGGGCUUAGAUGAUCCUAAUCAGAGUUUCGUCAAAAGUGGAACCGCUCUCACUGCUCUACCGAAUGGAUAUAGAAUAACUACCACUGAUACCGUUUCCAGCGUUGUACCUGUCGAUACUUAUCAAGAGUUGGCAUGA